AUGGUCCGGCACUACAACUUCGGCAUUGAGAUCGAGGCCGUGGCCAAGCCGUACGGCAGCGGCGAGAGCUUCUCCAACGUCGACUGGUACCGGCAGCUGGCGCAGAAGCUGCAGAACCGCGGCGUGCCCGCCGUCCACGACGACUGCCUGCGCUACAGCAAGCACCCGGAGUACUACGGCGGCAAGUGGUUCGUCACGCGCGACGGCUCGCUCAAGCGGCCGGCGCCCUUCGUGUGCAUGGAGGUGGUCUCGCCGCGCCUCGACACCAAGCAGCCCGUCAGCCGCACCGUCUCCGACUUCUGGGAGGCCAUGCGCGUCCACUUCAACCCGCAGCGCGACCUCUCGUGCGGCGGCCACGUCCACGUCACCCCCGUCAGCCGCCGCAACAAGUUCUCGCUGCGCUCCCUCAAGGCCAUUGCCUUUGCCACCGUCGUCUACGAGGACUUUGUCUCGGCCGUCCUGUCGCCGCCGCGCCGCGAGAACCAGUACUGCAAGUUCAACAGCCUGAGCCCGGACUCGGGCCUGCGCGAGGCCCUGGCCUGGGGCAAGUCCACCGCCUCCCUGCGCCAGGUCGCCGCCGACAUCCGCUCGCGCCCCAACGAGAUGGAGCUCUACUUCUACAUGCAGGGCAACCGCUACGUCCUGUGGAACUUCCAAAACAUCUUUCCCAACCCCAAGACGGGCCGCUGCACGGGCACCGUCGAGUUCCGCGGCGGGAACCAGUUCCUCAACACCAGGGGCACCCUGGCCUGGGUCGCCUUUGUCCUGGGCUUCAUCACGCUGGCUCUGAAAGAGGACCUGGUUGAGACCUUCAAGGCCUACGUCUCCCCGGCAGAGCCAAACUUCCCGCACCGCUUGGCCGAGUGGUGGGUUCGCAUUCGGCGCGCAGCCAAGAAGUCCAAGAUGAGCCGUCAUCUGCCAGAGGAGUACUCCAAAAUGAAGACGCGGUAA